UACAGACAUUUAGCUCUUUAGCGGAGUUCAACCGGUCUCUGUGGGUCCGGCCCAUUUGGGACUCCUCCUUCAUCAUCGACCCCCUCCUCCCCUCCCCUCCUCUCCACACAGACACACGCACACCUCCUCCCUCUUCCUCUCUUCCGCCGCUGCUCCGCUCGCUGCUCCCUGCACAGCCGCAGUCCACGGCGAUGCGCCGUUAACGGCAGAGCCGCUCCGCGCUCUUUUCUUCUUCUUCCAUCAUCCCCGCUUUCACAGCAGAGAAGGACCAGCAUCCCCCACCUCCUCCUCCUCCCCGGGCUGCGUCUCUGUCUGCCGGCGCUGCACCAUCCCUUAUCAAUACCAUGGAGAUACAAGGCUGUCGUUCUUCCAUCUAGACGGGAAGUCUCACCUCACAGAGUCAAGACGGGGGCCACAAUGAGUGAAGAGCCACCAGUCACCCCCAGCUGGUUGACCCCUGACCCCACAGCAUGGGCCAGCGGAGGCGGGGGACCGAUGGACAACAGCACCAGCCUGGGGACGUUUCCGGACGCUCUCCCGCCCAGCCAGCUGCCCCUGCUGGUCAACCCCUGGGACAUUGUGCUGUGCUCAUCUGGGACUCUGAUAGCCUGUGAGAACGCCCUGGUGGUGCUGGUGAUCUGGCAGAACCCGGCGCUCAGAGCUCCCAUGUUCCUGUUGAUCGGCAGCCUGGCGCUGGCCGACCUCCUGGCCGGCCUGGGCCUGGUGCUUCACUUCACCUGUGCCUACUUGCUCCACUCCGACUCGGCCCAGUUGCUGACCGUAGGUCUGGUGGUGGCCUCCUUUUCCGCCUCUGUCUUCAGCCUGCUGGCCAUCACCAUUGACCGCUACCUGUCGCUGUACUAUGCCCUGACCUACAACUCAGAACGGACAGCGGCCUUCACCUACACCAUGCUCGUGCUGCUGUGGGGCCUCUCGCUGUGUCUGGGCCUGCUGCCGGUCACAGGUGUCAACUGCCUGGCGGAGGAGGCGACAUGCAGCGUGGUGCGGCCGCUCACAAAGAACAACAUCGCCGUGCUGUCCGUCUCCUUCCUGCUGCUCUUCGGCCUCAUGCUGCAACUCUACGUUCAGAUCUGCAAGAUCGUGAUGCGCCACGCUCACCAAAUCGCCCUCCAGCACCACUUCCUGGCUGCCACACCCCACUACGUCACAACACGGAAAGGCGUGUCCACGCUGGCCAUCAUCCUUGGUACCUUUGCGGCCUGCUGGAUGCCAUUUACUGUCUACUCCCUAAUCGCUGACUACACCUACCCUCCGCUCUACACCUACGCCACGCUGGUGCCUGCCACCUACAACUCUGUCAUCAACCCGGUCAUCUACGCCUUCAGGAACCAGGAGAUCCAGAAGGCGCUGUGGCUGGUGUGCUGCGGCUGCGUGCCUGCCAGCGUGGCCCAGCGUGCACGGACCCCUAGUGACGUCUGACCAAGCAGACCCAGGUGGGAAGAGAGAGGCGCCCUGAGUCAGCUCUGCUCUGCACCGGAUGUGUCUGGUGUCAAAGAGAGCAGCAGCAGGGGAGGUCAGGGGCAGUGGCAGAGGGCUGUGGCCUCAGUCCUGGCUGUUAGUGGCAGGAGCAGUUUUCUUAGUUAUCCACAGCCCACCUGGAUGGAUGACGUUUUUUUCUUUGUUACACUCACCAUAGGGCAAAGUGUCUCACUGUCUUCCCCAGCAAAGGCGGCCACUGCAUCCCGCCCCCUCCCGUUCAACCCGUGCCACGCCCUUUCUCUGCUCUGCAGAGAGCGCUGAGUGCAUCACAUGUUACAGGCAGCAGCUGUAUAUACAAUGUGCAUAUAGUUAACAGCACGGGAGCUUUGGUUGACACGUGCUUGUUUUUUUCUUCAAACAGGGAGGGAUUAUUAGUUUGCGCCGCUGUGCGCGCGUGCGUAAAAGCGCACGGCAGAUUAACUAAGCAGUGUGUGCAGUGAGGAGAAGAGAGCGGCUGCAGCUCAAUACGCAGGCAUUUCCACAUAAAGCCCGUCUGGAGCAGCAUCCCGGCGCUCUGCUGCUGCACUCUGAACGUGCGUCGAAAGCUAAACAGCCUCGGAGAGCUAAAAAUAGACCUCUCUGAUCCGCACCCUGCGUCCUGCACAGACGCGGAGAAAGAAAUCAAGUCGUUUCUUUUUCUCUCCUCGCCUCUCAUUUUUUUUUAUUUGUCCUCUUUUCUCUGUUGAUUGUGCGUGAGUGUGUUUUAGUUCAUCGCGUGUCUGGGAGGCUUAAGACAAAGCCCCAGGAGACCCCACCAUUAACCCCUCCUCCAUUUUUUAUUAUUAACGGAGGCACCAAACCCAAUAUAAACCUAUUGGAUUAUGUAACCACCUUAUAUCCCUCCUGUCUCACCUUUUGAAUGGAGAUUGCUCAUGACUUUUUGAAUGUCUGGAGAUUGUUACGUAAUUUUUAAUAAUAACUUAAUUGAGAAACCCCACAAAUUUGAACAACACCUUGAUUUAUAAGGUAAUUUUAAAAGGAUAACACAGAUAUUUAAUACAUUCACCUUAAAGGAUUUUAAAUCAACGUGCUUAUGAUCAGAUCACCACAAACCUGUCGACGAAAUAGCAAAAUUAUAUGAUUUUUAUGUGGAAAUCUGCAAAAAUCUGAAUGUAUUUCCAUUUAUUUGACCCUCCUGGCUUCUACAGAGCCUCACACCAACCACAUGAUAUCUGAUCUGCAUGCUGGACUCGGGUGUAAUUUGCAUGCAGCAAGCACAGAUGCCCUCUUUUCCUCCUGAGUUCAGUGUGGUAGGUCACACUGGCCACUGCAGGCCAUGUGUCAUGGUACCCUGAUGUCAUCAUGACCCUAAUAAUUUUGUUUAUGUACACAGUGUACCUCACAUGUAUCAUUGAAUGAGCUACAAUCAUCACUUGAUGGUCACAAGAGUUGCACCCUUUUAUGAGAAAUGUGGAGUUUUUAAAAAUAUUUUUGCAGUAUAGUGCGGAAACGUUUGACGUUCAGAGGCUUUGAUCGUGAUUUGAGUUCAGCUAAGUGCAAUGGAAGCCCACAUCACAACACCUACCAGCUGCUCUGAGUUAGUCGUCCAUUAUGUUUUGGUCCCAAGAUUAGUUUGCAAAUCCCGAUAAGCAUGCAUGCUAAUUCUUUGUCCCUUCAUAUCUUGUCAGCAAUAACUAGCCUACGAAUGGUAGUUAUUUUAUUUUUUAGAUGUGAAGCAAUACUCAGACAGCAAUAACAUCCACGUCCCGCCAUGACUUCUUCCUGCAGAGUGAGGUACCGUAAUGGCUGCUCAGGUGGGGAUGUGUUGUAGUGAAUGGGCUCAGUGAUGCUUCAGUGAUACAUCUUCUAACAGGUGAUAGGAUAAUCACUCCUGGGCUGGACAAAGUGGACGAGAUCAAACGACUCAUUCGUCACGGUGACACCACUGCCUCAUUCCUCCGCAAUGUUUUUUUCCUUCCGACCUAAAAUCGAAUCAUUCGUCACACAAGGAUGAAACUUCUGUCGUCGUUGCCUCUGCCUUUUGUGAGCAUAUGAACUGUCCUGAGUGUUGUAACCUCAAGUAUCCGUGUGUGAUCUGAGACUGUGUUUUUCGUGCAUACCGUAUGAGUUGCAUGGCCUCUGGGUGUGUGCAUGUGUGUGUCCUUGUGCGUGUGUGUGUGUGUCUGUGAUCCAGCAGCUCAGUAGACCAUAAUCUGUCUCCUUGUUGAGGUGGGGGGGGUGAAAACAGGGCUGAGGAAUAUAACUUCCUGUUGACCCCCCUGACCUUUGAGGAUAAUGCUGCCAGUCUUCCUGUCAAUUCUGAGAGAAGUGGCCUCGUUACGUGUGUGUAGAGCUUUGUCGAAGAGAGAUGGGACUAGGACGUGGAAGCUCCAGCACUUCAAGCCAAAGUGAAAGGGACUCUGAAUGAACUGGGAUCCUAGUCCUGCUGUGUUCUCCGUCUCCUCUAUAUCACUAAUAUUCUACUUUAAAUCAAUCUAGUCUGGUUGAGGCAGGCGUCCGUUAAGUGACCUCUGAAUGAUUCUAUGAGCUAAAAAUGGUCACUUCCAAAUACAAAGAUAAUGCUUCCUCUUUCCUUCCUUGCCACCUCCCCUCGAGCCUGAUAGAGGCCUUUGAGGAGGAUCUUUCCGGCCUCAGAUUAAACGAUUAAAAUAAAAAGGGGAGUGAGUAAGGAAAGCAGAGGAGUAGCAUUUCUGAGCAUUGGAAUGUGAACUUGUGCACAGUGUCAGACUGAAUCCUGUCAUUAUUCGAUGAGCACCAACAGGUCAGGCUGGCACAUCACAAACCAUCACAAACUCUUAUUCCUUUACCUUUGGAGAAAAGUCUAUUUUGUUAUAUUCAUUCAAAAGUUCUAUUUUUUUCCACUUUAGUCUGGCCUGAAUUCUUUCUGAUGUUGUAUAAUAUGACGUUGUAUGUAAAGCCUUUUUCUGAAUGUAGUAAUAAUCAACUUGUUUCACUGAUAUCCCCUCCUCUCGACUCAUUUGUUUCUGUAAAUACAGCAUGCUGAAGAGGAGGGACUUUAUACCACCGUGCAUGGUGCUACCAAAGCCAGUCAAACCAUGUAGGAUGAAUUGGGUUGCACCAUUUUUCUCGAAUGACAUUUCUCCACCUCGGCUGUUAGUGUGGUCUUCUGUUAGGUUUCACUUUCCACGCUUCAAUAUGCACCAGUUUGUAAUGGUUGGGUAAAGAAACAGUGUGUAAGAUUUAGGGGGAUUUAGUGGCAUGUAGUUGUGAGGACUGCAGAUUGCAACCAGUUUAAACUUCUCCCUGUUAGAUUACCUUCUGUUUCCAGCAUUCAGGAGGUUUGAACCAGGAGCCGAAUUAUCUGCAGAAGUCUCUUCCUCUCAAACACAAACUGACCAGGUGAUUUAAACCGGUAAAACCACUGAAUAAAGCAGCUUCACGUUACAAAUUGGUUUUUCUCCUAUGCUGUUUGGCAUGUUGGAGACAGGCCGCUUGCCCAGCACCUGCCAGUGUGUGCUCACCUUUUGUCUCUGAUGACUUAAGAUCCAGAAGUUCAGGAGAUUUUUACUGUGAGUCGAAUUAUCCGUAGAGGUCUCCUCCUCUCCAAAGCAAACAGGCCAGGUGAUUUAAACCAGUAAAACACUGAAUUAAGUAGCUUGAGGUUUAAUCAAAAGGUUUCUCCUAUGCUGUUUGCCAUGCUGGAGACAAGCUGCUAGUCCAGCACCUGCUAAUGUGUGCUCACCUAUUUUCUCUGAUAACUCAGCAUCCAGACGUUCAGGAGGUUUUUACCGUGAGCCAAAUUAUCCGUAGAGAUCUUCCCCUCUCCAAAAUAAACAGACCAGAUGAUUUAAACUGGUAAAAACAGAAACAGUUUCUUGUUAUAAAUCAGUGUUUCUCUUAUGCUGUUUGGCAUGUUGGAGACAGGCCGCUAGCCCAGCACAUGCUAAUGUGUGCUCACCUUUUCUCUCUGAUGACUUAAGAUCCAGAUGUCCAGGAGGUUUUUACCGUGAGCCGAAUUAUCCGCAGAAGUCUCUUCCUCUCCAGAACAAAUGGACCAGUUGAUUUAAACCAUAAAAACACUGAAAAAAGGAGUUCCACGUAAAAAAAAAAAAUCUGUGUUUUUCCCAUGCUGCUAACUACAGUGGCCAACACAAAAACAAGAGAACAUGAAAGGCCUUAUGUAGAGUCAGUGUUUGGUUUGUCAGUCCUGGGCUACUGUAGAAACAUCACGUUCCAAUAUGGCAAUAUCCAUAGACGAGGACCUGCUCCUUAUGUAGAUAUAAAUGGCUCAUUCUAAGGUAACGAAAACACAGUGAUUCUUAUUUUUCAGUUGAUUACACACUAAAGAAAACAUACUUGUUAUUUCAUAUUCCAGUUCUGCUAAUAUAUCCCCCUGAAUUCUACACACUGACACCUUAAAGGAUGGUUGAUUGGCUACAUGUGGGUUGUGAAAAUAUUUGGUACUUUAGACUUUCUCUGAUUGGUGAAUGUCUUUCUCUCGUGCAGCCGAUAGUAUUGUUGAGAUUCUCAUGACUGUGCAGGUGUGAACAAGGGCUUUGUAUCCAAGAAUAGCAAAAGACUGUGAUGUUGGAUGUAAUACUUCUCUGUAUACACACACCUGUUUAUCUAUUUAUGGUUCGCAGUGUACUAGUACACAAAGCUGUGUACAAAGCAACUUGGGGAAACGUGUAGCCAACGGUGGGUGGGUGGAGGUGUCUUUCUGAUGUUACUAAUCUAGAGCUAAAUAUCAAAACACUCAAGGGCCUGUGAAUGUGUGUGCGUGUGUGUUUUAGGGGCGGGGGUUGGAGAAGGGAGGACGCCACAGUUAACAGCAUCUUGUGUAGACGUAUGCGUAGUUUUCAAUGUGAAAUGCACUUUAUUUUUUGGAUGAAAAUGGCACAACAAAUUAAGUAUCUGCAAAAUGAAACAUAUAAACGAUAAUCAACAUGCACUAACUUAACUGAGAUAUUGUAAAACAACAAAAAACAAAAAAAAAACAUUUGUGUGAACGUGGUGUCUAUUUUUCCAAGGUGUUAGUUGUACUUUUUAUUGCUUUGGUUAGUUCACUCAAUUGAGAGAUCUUGUUAAUUUUGUAUUAAAAAACUAAACAUGUGCUGUGCAUAAAAACUCCUGCCUCGACUAAUUUGUUCAUCCUCGCCCUGGCUCCGUGCCCCCCUUUUCACACUCUUCUGUUUCCCUGGCAACUCCCUUCUUAGCUGUACUGUUACUAUGGAAACUGAAGUCUUAGUGCCAGGUAUGUGUCGUCUCUAUGACGACAGUGGAACAGUA